GUAUAUUAACUAAGAGAAGCUCUGAAACAGUGCGAAAAAAAGUCGUGAAUAGUCGAAGAAAUUCUCAAUUGAAUUUAAUUCAGAGAAAUCAAAUCAAAUUUUGAAUGCCAACAGCUUGCAUAGUUUUUUCUAUCAGUAUUAAAACCAAUUGGAUCUGGAGUAUUUCAAAAUUUGUUGCUGCAAAAAUUGAAAUCUUUGAAUACCGUCCAAAUUUUUAUAUUUUGCUAAAUUGGCUGGAUAUAAAAAGUUCUUAAUUAACUAUAUAACUCAGCGGCUAAGCCAUGGAGGAUUGGGCCGUUAAAUUGGACCCGCCGCUGUUUGUGCCUUGUGAUCUCGACGAGUUUCGCGACCCAACCAAGAAGAUAGCAGGGGCACCUGCUUGCGAGGAAGUGGAUAAACUAAGCGCUCAGGAUGAGAUCAGUGUAUCGAGUAUUAUCUCUGCACUGAUUCGGCCGAUCGAACCGUCCGACGAUCAGUAUAAAGAAUGCAAUUGGAACAUCGACCCUAAGCAGUUUAUGCCGGUCAAAAAUGCCGUGAUCUUCAAGGAAUCGCUAUACAUCUCGAAGCUGCGCAAUACCAACUGCAAGCUGAGCGAGAAUUUGAAGAUCUUCUUUGAGCGGGAAUUGAUUAAGAUUGGAAAGUUCUGUCUAAAUGUAGAGGAGGCUUUCGAUGGCUACGUCAUCUAUAGCAGCAGCAAAAUGAAGAAGGGCAAAGGCAUUAUCCAAUGCGGACAUCAGCUCAAGGGCAAAUAUGACGAUCAGUUUCUGUUGAUCUGUGAGAAACGCUCUGAGACGGAUCGCAUCGAUCAUGCGAUGGUGGAAAAGACGCUCGAGGUGCGAAAUCACGCGGACUUAUACCUAACGGCCAUACGCGAGACCAAGAUCAAUGAGGAAUCGCAAAAGUUCAAGGCAACGAUCAACAUCAAGGACCGUGAUCACACCUUCGUGCUCGACGGCGGCAUCCAGCUGCUCAUGCGCCAUCUCGUCUGCCAUAAUUUUGUCGGCACGUUCGAGUACUACACGAUGAAUCUGUAUGGACGCGUGCUACGCUGCAAUCUGCUCAUACACAGGGAUCGCAAGUUGGUGCGCAUUUUCUACCGCACCUACAAGAACGCCGUCCACAUCAUAACUCAGCAGUGCUUCAAUGACGAGUUGCAGGAUGUGGCCGAAACAUUUAUGACGCCCGAGGGUCACAUCAUUCUACACUAUUGGCGAGGCUACAAUUAUUUGCUGCACGCAGUCUGCGCGCCACCCAAAAACAAGGAACACAUUUUGCCCAAACUGGAGCUGAUGUGGCGACAGGAUCCCGUGCUGUCGCGCAAAUUUCGUGAACUGAAGGCGUUGAACUAUGAGAACACUACAAAAUAUCUCGAGUACCACUCCGAAUUGGCUGACUUUAUGCAGGACUAUGUCCUAAAUGUGCUGCGCUACAAGCCCUCCAAUGUGCUCGAGUUUUCCAUUCUGUUCUUUCAAAAUAUGGGGAGCAGCUAACUAUGACCCAAGGGCGACUUAACCUAAUGCAAAUUCCUGAAACUGGAUUGAUUCUUGGCCAGCGAGUCAACAACUAUGGAGCUUUGCUGGCCUGGCAACUGUUGCCCCACACAAUUUGUAUAACCUAAGCAACCUGUCGCAUUGUUUACAGCUCUCAAAUAGAAUGUUAUGAAAAUUGUCAGUUA